GCGCUUUGGGCCGGGCUCCGGGGCUAUAAAACCCGUUGGGGAGGAAAGAGGGGCCAGCCCGGAGCUCAGCGUCCAGAAUUCGUGCCCCGCCAUGGCCACCAGCGAUCCCGGGACGGCGCAGCCCAAAGCUGAGGAGCCACAGAGCAUCGGGACGCGGGUGGCCAGCCUGCCCCUGGUCAGCUCAGCCUACGACAUGGUCUCCACUGCCUACGCCUCCACCAAGCAGAGCCACCCCUACGUCAGGACUGUCUGUGAUGCUGCUGAAAAGGGGGUGAAGACCCUGACAGCAGCGGCUGUCAGUGGGGCGCAGCCCCUCCUCACCAAGCUGGAGCCCCAGAUUUCCACUGCCAACGAGUACGCCUGCAAAGGGCUGGAUAAGCUGGAGGAGAAGCUGCCCAUCCUGCAGCAGCCCCCUGCACAGCUUAUCUCGGACACCAAGCAGCUGGUGACUUCCACGGUGACAGGGGCCAAGGAUGUUCUGAGCAGCACCAUGGCUGGGGCCAAGGACGUGGUGACCAGCAGGGUGACGGGGGUGAUGGACAUGACCAAAGGGGCCGUGCAGGGCAGCAUGGAGCUGACCAAGUCAGCAGUGAGCAGCGGUGUCAGCACCGUCAUGGGCUCCAGCAUGGGCCAGAUGGUGGCGAGUGGGAUGAGCUCCAUGCUGGAUAAGUCAGAGGAGCUGGUGGACCAUUACCUGCCCAUGACGGAUGAGGAGUUGGCCAAGCUGGCCACGGCUGUGGAGGGCUUUGAACCCGAGCAGCAGAAGCAGCAGCAGAGCUACUUCGUGCGCCUGGGCUCGCUCUCAGCCAAGCUCCAGCACCGAGCCCUCCAGCACUCCCUGGGGAAGCUGCAGAGCGCCCGUCGCAGCAGCCAGGAUGUCCUGACCCAGCUCCAGCGAACCCUCGACUUGGUGGAGCAACUCAAGCAGGGCGUGGACCAGAGGCUGCAGGGGGGGCAGGAGAAGCUGCAGCAGCUGUGGCUGGAGUGGAGCAAGAAGCAACCGAGUGGUAGCAAGGACCCGGUGCCACCAGAACAGGUGGAGUCGGGUGCCUUGGCCAUGCUGCAGGGUUUGACACAGCAGCUCCAGAGCUCCUGCCAGCCCUUGGUCUGCAGCCUCCAGGGCCUCCCCGCCAGCAUCCAGGAGAAAGCAGGACAGGUCCGGCAGAACGUGGAGGAGCUGAGGGCUGGCCUGGCCUCUGCUGCUUCCCUGCAGGAGGUGACAGGGGGGGUGCUGGCCCGAGCCCGUGUCCAGGUCACCCGAGCUCGGCAGCUGAUGGAUGAGCUGGUGGAACACGUGGCCCACAACACCCCCCUCACCUGGCUCGUGGGACCCUUCGCCCCCUCGGCUCAGUGCCUGGGGGAUCAGGAGAUGAAGUAGCAUCUUCGGGGGUGGGGUGAGGGUGGGGCUUCCCCACCAGCACCUCCUUCCCCAAAGCUGUGCUAGGAGCAUCUACUCCCCCCUGCCUGCCCCACCUUGCCCCUGACCUUAGUGCCUGCCCUAGGCCCAGCUCUGUCCCUUGUCCCCUGCCCCAGGGAGGUAGAGCAGAGUGCCUUCAUCCCCCCAAGUGCCUAUGGGGUUAACCUCCAUGUCCCCUUAUCCUUGGUGCCUUCAAGCUCCUGGUCUUGUAGGGCCAGGACUGCUGGUGAAGCAAUAAACUCUGCUUACUUUUGCACUGGA